AUGGGGCAUCAAACAACAAAGAAGCUAUGGGAAGAUGUCAAAGAACUUGUUGGAGUUCAGUCAAGGGCUGAAACUGACUACCUCAAGAGGAUGUUCCAACAAACUCGCAAGGCAACCCUGAAAAUGAGUGAGUAUCUAACAUUGACGAAGAAGUAUGCUGACAAUCUUGCUUUUGCAGGUCCACCAAUGUCUCCUCCUGACCUCAUAUCCCAAGUGUUGUCUGGCCUCGAUGAAGAAUACAAUCCGGUUGUUGUAGCAGUGAAAAGUAAAGGCACAACUAGGUGGUCUGAUCUUCAAUCUGACUUGCUAUCCUAUGAGAAGAGACUUGAAUAUCAGCUGGCAAUCAAGACUAACAUCACCGGUAUGACUAAUGUGUCCAUUUCCUCAAACUCACCCUCAGUUAAUGUAGUGCAAAACAGUCCCAGCACUCUAUCGAAUCCUUAUCGAAACUCCUAUGGGAACAAUCAAUCCUCAAACUACAGAGGUGGGGAGGAAGAAAUAAAGGGCGCGGUCGAUGGAACAAUGCCUCUACAACCAGGCCUACCUGCCAAACUUGUGGAAAGAUAG